AUGGCAAGUCACUACUAUGGCGCUCAGCACUACCUACCAAACGGCUCUUCACACAACCACGGCCACCACGGUCGAAGCCGGCGAGGUCCGAGGGUGAACUCGCAGAAUGCGCAUCGGCAAUACAAGGCUCAAAGGAGUCCGAAAGAGGCGCCCGAGACUCCAGCAUAUGUCGACUACCUCCAGCGCUUCGAGGCUGCGAAGAGCUUCGAGUUUGACGAUGAUGAGCUGUUCUGCCCAUUCCAUCUUUUGACUAAGGAUGAUCUCCAAUCCAUACACUCCUCUUCCUCAUCCGAUCGAGGAUCGCUGUCGUCCGGCUCGCCCGAAGCAAGUCCGCUCCAGCAGCAGGCUCAGCCCACCCCAUCCUUCUUCCUCUCCACCGCACCCAACACAUACAGCAAUACAUCUUCCGGCUACCAGCACUCAUCUCACCAGCAGAUGAAGCUGCACCAGCCACUGGCCCAGCGCUCACGAAACGCUAUCCCGAUAGUGGACCCCUCCACUCGGUCCAUCGCGAGUCCACCACUAUCCGUCUCGCCAGGCCGACAGAUGCAGCAGCAGUACAUGCGCCGCUGGUAG